UAUAGUCAAUGUUUGCUAUGUUGCAGCCAGUCGUAGUCGGCGAUCGUCAAGUAUAAGAACGCUUAUCGUUGGCAAAAGAUUCCUUUCGUCUUUGUUUUGACUUACUGUGGUGAUAAGUGUGUGAAAUGGCAGCAGAUAAAGCCGCAAAGGUUACAUCGAUUGAAACCGAAUCAAUACUAGGCGAGGUGCUUCAUAAAAUAGCUAAAGAACGAAACUAUAAGGAUUACGAAAUUGAUAUAAAACCGACUUCAUCAGAAGGAUCCAACUUUUCGAGUGUACUUUUCACCGCGACUUUAGCAGAACAUGACAAGGAUGAUAUAAUUAAUUUAUUCGCAAAAGUCGCGUGUUUAAGCGAGAGCGUUAGAGCGGGAGCACCUUAUCGGAUGUUCGAGACAGAAAUACUAUUCUAUACAGAUAUUGUGAAAACAUACAAACAAAUAGAAGAAAAGCAUAAUGUGCCCAUGGAACACAGGCUUGUGAUACCAAAAGUUUACGGUGUAAACCCUGAAUAUUUCAAGGAAACUAUUGUUAUGGAAAAUCUGAUGUGCAAACGUUAUCAGAUGUUCGACAGAUUCAAGACUAUAGACUGGAACUACUCAAAGGAGGCUCUCACACAACUGGCGAAAUUUCACGCUCUAUCUAUAGCGUUUUCUAUUGAACAGCCCGAAGAAUUUGAGGAAAAAACAAAGAGUCUCAAAAUGAAAAAUGAUAUGAACACAAUGAAGGAAGCAAUGGCGUUAUCGCUGAUGAAAAUGCAAGAAUCUGCGAAGGCUGAGCACCAAGAUCGCUUGAAACAGUUUCUAGAAAAUACUACGACACCUGAGAAAAUUGAUUAUAUGAUGAAACCAAUUAAAAGAAUGGUUAUCAGUCAUGGGGACUAUCGACCCAGCAACUUAAUGCAUAAAUUGCAUGAGGAUGGUUCAUAUAGCAUAAUACCAAUCGACUUCCAAACGCUAAGCAGAAAUAACCCCAUAGUCGAUAUUUUAUAUUUUCUAUUCAGCGGAUCAGACAAAGAAUUCCGAGCCAAAUACCUUAGGAAGUCUUUCGACCACUAUUACAAUGAGCUUUGCGCAUCUUUAACCAGACUGGACCUGAGCCCUGACGAAAUAUAUCCUAAGGAAGACUUCGAAUAUGACUUGAAAGAGGUUUUACCUUUCGGAUUAUUCAUAAGUCUGAUGCUUUUAAUGAUAAUCACCGUGGAGAUGGAGCACAUUCCGAAAAUUAAUGAAAACUCGGAAUUGAAAGAUCUGUAUUGCUCGCCCAGUGAAGAAUAUAAGAUAAGGAUGAACGACCUUCUAGAAGACUGUAUCGAUAUGGGUGUCCUCUAAUUAAUAUUUAAGAUUAGCACUAAGUUUAUAUGAGCCAUUUCAUACAAAAAUAAACAUCCUACUAAUUUUAACGCAAAUUAUUGUAAGUAUGAAUGGAUGGAUGAAAGUAUGGAUAUUUGUUAUUCUUUCACGCGAAAACAGCUUAUGAGAGCGAGUGGUUAAGGUGCAAGCGUAGAACCGAGCCGUCAUGGGUUCGAUACCCGGAGGGGUUUCAGUACAUAGACCAUUGAUCCACAAAGAAAAUCGAUCAGUGAAACAGAUGUAUAUCAUCUGCCCAAUCCCCCACUAGGGGGAAUUUCAUUUGUUUGUUGUUCCCUCCUUUUUUUAAGUCGGUUGAAAAGUUCUCAUCUACCUCAUAUAAAAUAUAUCGCUGACUAAUAAUAAUGAAAGUAAAGGAAUAUUGACCAAUUUUAUGCAUACAUAUUAAAUUUUUCAUACAAUGUUAUAUUAAAUGUCAAUUAUUUAAUUUUAUUGAAGCUUAUAUCAAAGACAAAGCAUUUCGAGUCUAUCAUAAUGUAUUACUUAUUU